AUGCAACUUGACUUAGCUGUUCGUCGUAGGGAUUCUCUGUGCGUCAGUGAAAAUGAGACGCGUGAUGUAACGAAACUGCGCCGAGAAAUUGAUAAAUGCACAAAAGAACUACAGAAGAAGAAGGCAACAUGUCGCCCACGCCUGGAAGAGCAACAACCGCAAUUUCUAAAAACUAUCGUCGAUUUGGCUAUGUUUGGUGCUUCUGCGGAGGAACGGCGUUGCUCAGAAAUUUUUCGCAGUUGCCGAACACUUACUGAUCUCCAUGAGAAGCUAAAGGAGCACAGAUUUCAAAUUUCGAAGAGUGGCACGUACCUUCGGUUGCUCCCAAGAAAUUAUACCACCUUGGAGGGCAAAAGGCAUGUAGUCACUGUGCCUGUCAAAUUGAGUCGCCCUGAGGCAGAUCACCAUAAGGCUCACGUCGAUCAACAUUUUUGUGUCGCUACAAUAAGAUCCUUGGAAACGCUGGCAUCUAUUCUCGGGCCAAAACAAGUGUUUUUUCUGUCGCAAGAUGAUAAAGCCCGGGUACCUAUAGGUUUGACAGCGGCAAAUAAACAAGCUCCGCUCCUGAUGCAUGUCGAAUAUCGUGUUUCAUUGCCUGAUCAUGAUUGGAUGAUUGCUGCAAGGCAUAAAUUAAUCCCUAGUGUAUAUGCUGGGUGCAUCAUAAAAGGAAAUGAUAUGGGCCGUGCUGAAGCAAUUACGUACUCAGGGCCAACAUAUGUGGCGAUUAGAAGUGGCAAACAUUCCUCUUCGACAGCUUCUACUCAUGCUGUGGACUUCAAUCAGCUUGCUACUCUCAACAAUUUCAAGGAAAUUAUGCGGGAUGAAGAAGGAUGCCUGAAACCAGUUGUUUUGAUUUCAUCUGAUGGAGGACCCGACGAAAACCCGAGAUAUCCAAAAGUUAUUUCCCAUGCCAUACACCACUUUGUCAAGCAUGAUCUAGAUGCAGUAUUCAUCUUUACGAAUGCACCUGGCAGAUGCGUGUUCAACCGUGUUGAGAGAAGAAUGGCGCCUCUAAGCCGGGAAUUAUCUGGACUCAUACUUCCGCAUGAUUCUAUGGAAGUCAUUUAG